AUGGGCAACGCCGCCGCGACGCUCGCCAUAUCGCUCGACCAGGAGGCGGCCUACUCGGGAGGAAGCCUCAGCGGCCGCGCCUACCUCUACGUCAAGGAGGAGAUCAAGUGCACCGCGCUCCAGCUCGAGGUCUUCGGCGCGGAGUUUUCUCACGUGCACUGGACGACACAAGAGACCCAUGGCUCGGGGGAGAACAGGAAGACGGUCACCAAGCACCACCAUGCAUACGCACGCCGUCACCUCCUCCGCGUCGUCGUGACGCUCGCCUCCUUUCCGAACGGUUCGCUGCCACCCGGCUCGUACGAGUUCCCCUUCUCGCUUGUGCUCCCGUCAGGCCUUCCGAGCUCGAUGUACGCGGCUGGCGGCGGCGGAAGCUGCAAGAUAUCGUACAGCGUCAAGUCGCACGCCAGGUCGUUGACCUCGCGGCGGGCCGUCGGACGAUCGAGGCAGAGCUGA